AUGGCCGGGGCUAUUGAUCCUUCUGAGCGUCUGGCUCUGCAGCUGAUGCAGGAUGACCUCGAGGAGUUCAAGCCUUUGCAAAAGGGAAAAGGUCGAGCCGAUGAGCCGGACGACUUUGCUUUGGCCCUGCAGAUGCAAAGCUUGUAUUUGACUAACCACAUUCAAUCUUUAACUGACAGAGAAUACUGUCUCCGGAUUCAGCCCCAGCGCAACACCGAGCCACUUCCUGCACCUGUCCCAGAACAACCUCUUCCUUCCACAGCAGUCGUCGCUGGCCCGUCUCGACAAGGUCGCACUUCUGCCCAAGCUAACCCGGUCAUUUCUGGCUCAGUCAGGCAACCGAACGCUUCAAACUCAGCUGGUACGAUUUGCAAAACGCCCGUAUCGGCUGUGGUAAGAUCCCUUGCCAGUGCAUCACUGGUUGAUGAUGAAGCAUCAGGAUCUACAGUUACGAAUGACUCAACACCUGUUGACGAGGAUCAGGAUCUGAUUUGUGUGGCCUGUGAUGGAGCUUAUGGCGACAACCUCGCUGUUUCAGUAUCUUGCGGUCAUGUCUACUGCCGGGAUUGUCUAGCCUGCCUUUUUAAGGCUUCUACAACUGAUGGGUCCCUCUUCCCUCCCAGAUGCUGCAAAGAGACCAUUUCGCUGGACGAUGUAGAAAAGUGGCUCCCCAAGGAGUUGCUUAUCGAAUUUGAAGAUAAAGAAGACGAGUUUACUUCUGCCGACCGAACCUACUGCUCCAACGUUAAUUGCUCGAAAUUCAUUUCACCAUACCACAUUCAUGACGGCCUCGGCUACUGUGAAGCUUGUGAUGUGUGA